AUGCAUUUGAGUCGCACCUGUCUGCAGUGGACGGUAAUCGUGUUCAAUACGAUGAGUGUUGUACUCGGUAUACUGGCUGUCGUGGCAAGUGUCUUUGAAUUGCAAAAAUAUUCCUAUGGAACUCCAGAUUUUACCGAGAAACUCGUUAACAUUGGCAUAAGUUCGGUUUUGGUGAUAUCGGCCUUUGUUGGAUGUUGUGCGGCGGUUAACGGCUCCGUCAAGAUGUUGGUGAGCUUCAUUGUUAUUUUAUUGGCUUUGGUAGCUUCUCAUGUCUGGUGUCUGUGGCGUUACGACGAAGAACGGGUGCGUAUUUCAACAACAAAUAUGGUCAACUACUAUUGGAUAGCGGAGACACACGAACAGGGUUACAUGGAUAUUUUGCAGGAAACGUACGAAUGCUGUGGAAAAGUUGGUUAUUUGGAUUACCUACAUAAUAGUAUGACAGUUCCCGACAGCUGCUACUUCUUCCACAACAAUAAAAGGGAAUUUUAUCCCCACGGCAAGGGCUGUUUGCCAGCCGUAUUGGAUGCAUAUCUGAACAUAUAUCGAACUGAGAAAUGGACUCAUGUCGGCCUAAUGGGAUUUGAAUUUGCUGCAAUCAUUCACAUCGUGGUGACAAUUCUCAAUUACAAAAAUGCCCCAGAAGUGGAAAGUAUGGUCAUGAAUUAUGUCUGCAUGUUGAUGUCGGGUGUCUGCAGUGCGGCCGCAUUCAUUGAAUCUACUAUUGUACUGGAAAUACUGGCCACUGCAUUUCUGUGCGAAAUAAUGGCGACAUCAAUUCUAUGGAUUUACGCUGUCAAAUUCUUCUGUAUCUACACUUUAACACAAAUGGUAUUACAUGGUAUUAUAGCGGUCCUAACUUAUUUACUAAUUCAUCGAUUACGUAAAGAGGAUCUGGGAAAGAUGAUUAAAUCUAUGAUGACACCGGCCAUGAUGCCAUUGAAUCCACAAGGAAGCCAAUUGCUCAGAGUAAACGCUGCCGAGAACCAAUAUUGUUCUGUUGAAUAA